GCAUUAGUAAUUGGUAUGCCUUUCUGGAUAAUACUCAUGAACUUGCUGUCAAAUUAUACCAGGCGAUUGAAUUAUACUCAAGGGCUAACCACAUAAAGCCUGGUGAUUCUAUAAUUCUGAGCAACCGAUGUGCUGCCUAUCUCCGGUAUGUGCCAUUCCUCAGAAGCAGGCCUCCUUCCGCUUCAGAACAUAGGCCACUGAAUGGGUUGGAUCCAACAACUCAUGCUGGGCUUGCACUCAAUGAUGCGGAGAAGGUGAUGAAUCUGCAAAGUAAUACAGCAGCCUCCCACAUUCUUAAGGCUAAUGCUCUUAUUUUGUUGGAAAAGUAUGAGCUGGCUCAAGAUGUUAUUCGGUCAGGCCUUCAGAUUGAUCCUCAAAGCAAUGCUCUUGCAAAUUUAGAGAAGAAAAUAACCAAUACCUUUGUGAGGAGAAGCCAUGUAAAUCCUCAACGAACAGAUGAUUAUGAUUGCACUCUAUGUUUGAAGUUACUAUACGAACCAAUCACAACUCCUUGUGGGCAUUCUUUCUGUCGGUCAUGCCUAUUUCAGACUAUGGACCGAGGUAAUAGAUGUCCUUUGUGUCGUACUGUUUUGUUUAUUAGCCCCAGGACAUGUGCAAUCAGUGUCACAUUGAACAACAUCAUAGAGAAGAGCUUUCCAGAGGAAUAUGCAGAGAGGAAAUUGGAGCAACUCAGUUUGACAAACCCUGGUCCUGAUUUAUUGCCUCUUUUUGCCAUGGAUGUUAUCCUACCAUGCCAGAAGUUACAGCUUAACAUUUUUGAACCGCGCUACAGACUUAUGGUGAGGAGGAUAAUGGAGGGAAAUCGCCGGAUGGGAAUGGUUGUGAUUGACCCAUCAACUGGUUCAGUCGUUGAUUAUGCAUGUGAGGUGGAAAUUACGGACUGCGAGCCUCUUCCAGAUGGGCGUUUCUUUUUAGAGGUUGAAAGUCGGCGGAGAUGUCGUAUCAUUAGAAAUUGGGAUCAAGAUGGAUACCGUGUAGCUGAGGUUGAAUGGGUGAAUGACAUAUCUCCGCCAGAGGGAAGUGAGAGAAAUGAUUUGCUGGAGAUGACACAUAACGCAUCAGUUUUUGCUCGCCAAUGGAUAAAGGAGGCACAAGAAGCAGCACAAGGGGAUAGAAUAAGGCUUGCAGAGCUAUUCAAAGUCGAAGGAUUGAUGCCCCCCACACGUGAUCCCGAGCACUUCAGUUUUUGGCUUGCUACAUUGACAAAUCGUAGGCCAUCAGAAAGAUUAGAGCUCCUUCGGCUUAGAGAUACUCGGGAGAGGAUUACAAGGUCUCUUCUCUUUAUGAAGGCAGAAGAGCAAGGAUGUAGGCUGCAGUAAAAUGCUAUUCUACAUGGUGUGACAUUAUUUGACAAUUUGAUUGUUGGUAUUCUUUCAUAUACCAGCUUAUUCACAUCAUUCAUUGAUCCACAUAGCAGUUGGAUUAUACAUACCUUUCAAAUAUGUGAAAUGGGAAGGAAAUACAUAUACUGUAAAAAUUGAAUGCUACUACAACUAGUUUCUAACAUGCAGUAAAUAGUGGAUCAAUUCCAUUUUUGGUGUGUA